AGAGAGAAAUCUGUGAUUGAGUGUGGCUAACACAAGCUGUUAGCUGUAACGUUAUUCAAACUGUGAUUUUAUAGUUUCAUAAGAAAAAGGGACGGAGUCUUGAAGACGUGUUCGAGGAGGCAAGAUAUUCAAAAUGAGUCUAUCUGAGGAGCAGCAGGAUAGCAGGAGUCCCAGUGGAGGAGAAGUGGAGCUGAAAGAACAAGAGGAGGAGGGAAUAGAGGACUCCCCUUUAGUGGCCCUUGCACCUGAUGCUUCACUCCCAGAGGAGCAGCCCUCUGCUCGUACUGAUAUUGCUGCUAGUCCUGCUUUCCAGUGCCUAGAUGAGUUGUUAUCACUGGGCAAAAUCAGCCAGACCAAAAUAACCAAACUGAAAUGCAGCUACAGGCUACUCCAUGACACCCUGAAGAGUGCCCAGGAUUCUGAGAUCCACCUUUUGGGAGAGGCAAAGAGGUGUCGUGCAGAGCUGGAGAGGCUGCAGGCUGAGGUGGAGAGAACAGAGGAGCAGAGCACCUCCGAGGAGCCAGAAAGUGAGGUCAAUGAACUGAGGCAACAGCUCCUCCAGGCAUACAAUGAACUGAAAGCUGCUGAGGACAGAGAGUACAAGACACAGCACGAAGUGAAAUGUCUCUGGGAGGAGAAGCAGUAUCUGGAGAGAGAGAAUGAGAUUCAGCUGAAACCUGCUGAGCUGGAGAGCAGAACAAAGGCCCUGCAGGACAAAUGUGAGGAUCUGAGGAAAGACAUUUCCCAGAAACAACUUGAAGUCAGAAGUCUGACGGAAGAUGUGGAAACUCAUGAAGCGCAGAUAGAGAAAGAACAGAAAGAGCUGGAAGACAAGACGGAGAUCAUAGAGCUCAAGGAGGCCGAGAGAGCCCGGCUCAUCAGCAUCCCCGACCAGAUUUUAAAGGAGGCUGAAAGGAAACGCUCUAAGAGGGAGAAUGCAAUGAAGAAGAUACAAGCAUUAAAUACAGAGAUUUCAGAAAUGGAGCAGCAAGUGAAAGAGGUGGACGAGCGCAACUACUCUCUGAGGUUAAAGAAGAAGGAGUUGGAUGGAGAGCUGGAGGGCCUCAGGGCCCAAGUAGAAGCCAGUCAGAAGGAGUGCAGACAGCGGCUCAAAGAGCAGGAGGUCAACAGGGAGGAGCAGGCUGAAUUAAUGGGGAACAGAGGUAUCCUGGAAAUGAAGCUGCAGAACAUCAUGUGCGACAGGAAGCACCUGUAUGAGAGCCAUUCUGUGCUGCUCAGGGAGAAUAAUAGGCAGAUGCAAACCCUCAAGAGGAUGGAGAAUGCGUUGUCCAUGGCCACUGAGCAGCUCGAACACACACAAUCCAUCUACAAUGAGUUACAGGCACAGUUGGAUGCUGUUCCCAAACAAGAGGCCAGCAUUCAGCAGAGGAUGGAGCUUCAGAAAGAGGUGGAUGCUCUCAAAGUCCGCUUUGAAAAACAGCUAUCAGCAGCUGAGGAGGAGAGCCAGAAGAUGCAGCAGUAUGGGAUGAUUCAGGGGCUGCUCAGGGAGUCUAACUGCCUCCGAGAAGAACUCCAUAACCUCAGAUGUCUGACACAGAUCAAAGCGGAGGAGAGAGGCCAGAAACACCGUGAACUGCUUAGGGCUGAGCAGCUGAACCAGCACAUCCAGCAGGAGCUGCGAGAAAAAGACCUGAUCAUCAUGGACCAAAACAAGCUGAACACUAUGCUGCAACGCAGAGUUGCACAGUACUGCAAGCUGUGCAACAUGAUUACAGAAGAGAAGAAUAAGUACAUCAAGCUGAAGCAGAUUGCCUCACAGACGAUAGCAGAGCUGACGGAGCAGGUUAAAGUGCUGGAAAAUGAGACGGAGAUCCAACGUACCAUCGUCAUCAACAAGGAACGCUCAGUCACAAAAGCUAAUAUGAAGAUCGCUAAUAGCUCCAAAAUAAGGGACAGACUACGCAAUGACAUCUCCAAGGUUGCCUGGAAACACCGUCAGAUCACUCAGGAAUAUGAGGAAAACAAACUGGAGUUGGUCAAACUCACACAAAUGAUGAACCUCCAGGAGCAUGCACUUGUGGAAGUAAACAAGAAUCAGGAAACGACCAUGCAGCGCCGCAAUUCUCUCGGCAUUCAGCUGCUGGAGCACGAGGAGGUGUUAUUCAACUACUAUGAAAAGGUGAACAUCCAUGAGGCAGCCAUUACAAAGGGCAACAUGACACUGGAGACCCUGGAGAAGGAGAUGAGAGAUUUACAGUUGGAGAUUAAUGAGGUGAAGAGACAGAUAGACCUGAUGAAGAAGGAGGUGCCCCUCGGGAAAAAGCUGGAAGGAGAGAUCACCGUGCUGCAGAUAGAGUUGUCAGAAGCCAGGGACAAGACACUUAAGGGUCUCAAUCGAACAAUUGAUUACAAAGAGCUGAAAGGCAAAGACCCCUCAACUGUAGAGCUGGUCAAGAAGAUAGAGCAGCUCGAGGUGAAUCUAGCAGAGAGGGAGAGGCAGUCGCUGGAAAAAGAGCUCCUUGUGGACCAGGUGACCCGCCUCUCAAAGCCACUCAGCGAGCAGGCUGACAACUGCCAACAGGACAGACUCUCACUGGCCAAGAAGUUAAACGAGCUCCGAACUCACAUCAUCGACACCAACCACCGCAUGAUGGCCGUCUCUGCAGAACUUUCCAUGAAGCAAGCUGCUGCUUUGUGUCUCCAGCAAGAGAUCAAGGAGAGAGAGCUCCAGAUGGACAGGUGCCAGCAGCAGCUGGAGCAGGGCCUGCCACCGUGCCCUGAGAUAGAGAAGGAGUGGAGGAGGAUGCUCCGAGACAAGAAGAGGAGACAGAGGGACAAAGAGGAGAGAGUGAGGCUGGCUGAAGAAGAGGAGUGGAACCAGUUGGCUAAUGGAGAGUACUCCACAGCUGAAACCCGUCCCAACGCGUACGUGCCCCAGAACGACUCGCUCCCUCUACCCAAACCCUACGGAGCCUUGGCCCCCUUUAAACCCACCCAACCAGGAGCCAACAUGAGACACAUCCGCAAACCAACGCUCAAACCCUUAGAAAUAUAGAAUACCAUACACAUGUAUCAUAAAACUGUGAAUCCGUUUAAAUUUUUAAACAUGUAUUUCAGUGAUUUUUCUUUUUCUGCUUUCUAUCACACCCUUAUUGAUCUUUCUUCAGUCCACACAUGUCUCGGUGCCGCUCCUUCCUCCUCCCUGCUUCUUGUGUAUGUUUGUGUCCUCUGUGUCCAGCAUACCACUGCUGUUGUGUCAUGUGAGGGCUUACUAGUGAACUGCAUCUGGUUCUUAUUUUGUUUUCCUUUUUUAAGACUUACUGGCAACUGUUUGUAUACAGUCGUGUUUGCAGUAACACCAAAUACUGUGGAAAGGAAGACCGGAGACACGUGGGAGAUGAAAUGUGUGUAUUGUUACAUCAUGUCCAGCAAUAAAAAAACAACAUUUGUUUACU